CUUUGUGGCGAGAACAACGUUAAGCAGAGCAAUAGAGGCAAUUCCACAUCCAUCUGUAAGGCUGGGCUUAAAGCAGAAUCAUGAAGUGCGCUUUGGUAUUCACUCUGUUUGCAGCACUCAUGGCGUUCGCUUGCGCAGCGCCCUUUAACCUGAACGACAUAUUUCCGGGCUUUUUGGGCAAUGCCAAGCUGGCCCAGCCUGUGCAGCAACCGGAGCCCGUUAAGCGUCAGGUACAUGUUGAGGCGAAUCCUGAUGCUGAACUCAAACAGAUAUCCUUGAACAAUCUCAUCGGCAAUCUGGAGAACAGUCUGUUCCAGUCGGCCCUAAGUGUUAAUGGAGCGAGUGCACCAGACAGCGUUGUGGCCGAGAUUAAACCCGCUGCUGAGACGGCCACUAGCGAGGAACAUGCGAUUAAUAAGCGCUCGGAGGAGGAGACAGUCAAGGCCCUCAAGGCAAGCACUGACAGUACUGCAGUCGAUGACAAGAUUAUUGUGCAGACUACCAAGAAGGUGCCCAUUGGCGAGGAUGGCAAGCCGGCACAUCUGAUCAUCGAUCGUGUCUCCGUGCAACCCCACAGUGGAGGCGUGGCUCUGAUCCCCACUUUCCAGGUUCAUCACACCAAACUGGUGUCCGCCACCAUCAAGGAAGAUCCCAAUAGUGAGAGCAGCGAUGGCAAACAGACUAAGAUCAGCAUAACAAAGACCUCCAUCACAUCUACGGCACCCGUAGAGGCGCCCGAGGUUUCAAGUUCCAGCUCUUCUAGCCAGGCUUCCACAACCACAACUCAAGAAACAUCAACGACGACGAGGACGACGACAGUAUCGCCGAGCAGCACCACAACGGUGGAAAGCGAGGAAAGCAGCACAACAACAUCACCUAGCACCACAGCAUCUUCCAGCUCUAGUUCCACUACCUCAGAGCAGCCGAUUCUGAAGCUAGAGAAGGUGGAGGAAAAGCUUAAGGAGAAGGUCGCUGAGGUGGAGGCUGAGCCUAUCAUACUCUCGUCCCGUGUCUAGAUCUAGUUUCAAGCAUCGUCCGCUCAUCAUACCAAUAUCAUUUUACUAUAUAGUCCAUAUUUAUGUGUCACGCCCAGUCCAAUGAAUAAUUUCGUAUAUAAUAAAAUCAUGUGAUUUUUUGAUUUGAUUUCAA